UGAGGAGAUUAGUUUGGCAGCAAAAAGUCACGGUGAACAACGCCGCAAUGAACGAUAUCAACCUCAUUACUGGCAACGCCAAUAAGAUAGCCGACAUCAAGGCUACUCUCGCUCCAGCUGGAAUUACCGUUCACAGUCAAUCUCUCGACCUACCUGAGAUACAAGGAUCGAUCGAAGAAAUCACAAUCGCCAAAUGUCGCAGAGCGGCAGAAAUGGUUGGCGGUCCGGUUGUCGUAGAUGAUACAGCGCUCUGCUUCAAUGCGAUGGAUGGCAUGCCAGGACCCUACAUAAAAUCCUUCCUCGAAGCUAUGGGUCCUGAAAAGCUACAUCUCCUGCUAGCUGGCUUCUCAGACAAGACCGCCCAAGCUGUUGCGACUAUCGGGUAUUGCCAGGGUCCUGGUCACGAACCCAUCCUUUUCCAAGGACGGAUUGACGGGACGAUUGUGCCUGCAAGAGGUGUGAUGCGAUAUGGAUGGCAGACAUGCUUUCAACCUGAUGGGAUGGUUUUGACAUUGGCGGAGAUGCCAGAUGAAGAGAAACAUAAAAUGUCGCAUCUUGGGAUAGCUUUGCAAAAGUUUACUGCGUGGCUGAAGGGGGAUCAGCAUCCUGCUGAUGCCGUGGGCUCCGCUCCAUGACGAGAACAGAGACGUAGAACACCUGCUGAAGUUGGGCGAGGGGAACUAUCCCUAGAAUGACGAUCACGCAUACGAACUCUCGGUCUCCUAUUAAUUAUUUCGAUACUCACAAGGCUUGGGCAAUGAUACCUGUUCCUACUUAGCAUGGUCCCACUGGGUUGUGAUAAGACUUUACUAGCCUGUCCAAAACGGACUUCUUAAGAUCCUU